AUGGAGCGCCGCUCCGAGGACCGAUCGAACCCACCUACCCCUCCGCUCAAGGGCUACCCGUUGCCCAAGGGCUAUCCGUCGCAGUCGCCACAAGGCCUGCGAAAAGCAUCGCCUGGCCCCAACUGGCAGAGCUUGAUUCCGCCCAUGCCCCUGUCGCCCCAGCCGGUGCACGCAGCGUCGCAUCUCCAGCGCCGACACAUGUAUCCACGGGCCGACCCUUCGAGUGACCAUUCCAAAGAGUAUUCCAGAGAGCUCAGCAAGCCAACAGAUCUAUAUUCCGUGCCUGAUCCGACCAAUCCGCUCUCCAAACCUGCGUACGCGAAGCCGGACCUCGUGCUACAAAAAUCACUGAGCGCGGUGUUCACGCUUCAGAACACCGUGCCGCUGGCCCCCGAGAAGCCCCGGACGAAAAAAAUCAAGUACUGCCGCGGGUGUGGUAAGCUCGUUCAGGGCAAGUACGUGCGCGCGCUCGGCCACCCGUACCACAUCGACUGUUUUCAGUGCCACGAUUGCGGAAAGAACUGUGCGGCCAAGUUUUUCACCACCGAGAUCCAGGAUCCAGAGACGAAAACAACCUCCUCCAUCAUUCUCUGCGAAUACGACUACUUUCGGCGCCUCGACAUGCUCUGCCACAAGUGCGAUGCCUCGCUCCGCGGGCUGUACAUCGUCGCCUUGGGCCACAAAUACCACCUAGAGCACUUCACUUGCACCACGUGCAAUCGUAUCUUUGAAAAGGACGAAAACUUCUACGAACAGGCCAGCGGAACCUAUUGCCACUAUGACUACUCCAAGUCCCACGCUUCCUACUGCGAAGGGUGCAAGUGUGCCAUUUUGAAACAGUUUGUGGAAGUGUUUCGCCGCGGGAAGGACGAGCGCUGGCACCCGGAGUGCUACAUGACUCACCGUUACUGGAACGUGGCCAUCACGGCUGAGUGUGCGCAGCUUCCAAUGCCACUCAACGGCCACCGCUUGAACGAGAUAGGCUUGGGCCGCGAGGACUUGUUUAUGUACGAGAACAGGGUUGAGGCGAUGGUGUUCCAGUGCUGGGAUACGCUCACCAAGUUUGAAGGCUCUACUGCCGGUUGCAUCUCGGAGAUGUUACAGUAUCUGACGUCGGGGAAUCAGCUUCAGGGGCUAAUGACGACGGGGGUGCUCAUUUGGAAGGUGGGGCAGUUGUUUACCGCGGUGGAGCAGUUGCACGCGAUGGGCAUACCGGAGGUUGAUCACAAACCACGGCAUCAGCCGGAGCUGGGCAUACUGUUGCACCACCUGGAGAUUGCGCCCGGGCUGGAACAUUCGCCUGAUCCAAACGUUUCGUCCGGGCUGGAGGUUCUUUCGGAGUCCCGUGCGGUAACUCCGCUGAACUCGCCACACUACCCCGUCUUGGGGCUGGAGCCGCGCCACCUCGCGAACAAAAUCUUUGUCUACCUCCAGAAACUCCACAAUGCGCCCGACAGCCCCGACACGGAGACCCACAGGAUGCUUGACCUCAUCACCGUGCUUGCGCACAACUUGAAGUUUGUCAUCCGCUACGCAUUGGUCAGUGCGUUGAACCACAACAAGGCCAGUCACACAACGGUGGCUUUCGAGCGUCUCUUGGAGACGAUUGCGCGGGCGGAAGACGUGCCGCGGGAUAUACCGCAGGUGCUCCAAGCCGCGGGCGCUGCCGAAUGCGGGCGCUGUCAGAAGAGUAUCGACACGGCUGCCAUGAGGCAGGGGGAUAGACGGUGGCAUACGGCGUGCGAGGCACCCGGCCCGGCAAAAGAAAUGCCCUUCCUGACCAGCGACGAGCCUCGCCGCGGGCUGGACACGGGACUUCAGACUAGCAGUGAAUUGCCUAGCCUCGGGCCUAGUCGUAACCACCGGCCUAACCCCGGCCCGGUCUACGAAUCCGAACUCACAUCAUUAAUGCUUCUCCUCAAGCUCGCCUUUACGCGCUCACACACCACCCUCGACACCUCGCCUCAGCUCCCACAGGCCCAGGAGUCCACCUACAACACCACCGUCAGUACUGUAAUGCGGUUAAAAUCCACGCGCGAGAGCAACAAGGUCUCGCGCUCGGUGCGCAAACUGGCGCGCAGCCUGUACGUCGACCCACACGGCGCGUCGUCGCCGACACUGCAGAUGGUCUCCAACAUCGAGGAUGAGCUUGCACGUAAACGAUCGCACAAGACGAACGCGGCGCCACAGAUUACCGCUACAAACGAAAUGUUGAACAAUGAAAUUUCCCUCACCUUGGACGAUAUUCCGCGUAUCGUGGCAGUGGAGCAGGCACGCGAGAUGCGGCCGAACGCGUUUCGCCACGCCGCUGCUGGGACCGGGGCAGCAGCGACGCCCACGGUCAUGCACCGCGCACAGAGCCAGAAGGUGGCCAAGGGCACGUACUACUCAGAAUUGACGGCCCAGGAACACUUUAUUUUGAAGCAUAUUGCCGUGGAAGCGUUGGCCCAGAUUCUUGGUGACGAGUAUCCGCGUGGCGAUUUGUAUGCGUUGAUUCCCACGAAGAAGCAGGCAACGUUUUGGGACAAGUUUCGCCGCGCGGACCACCGUAAGGAGAAGGGCCAGGCGACAGUGUUUGCCGCGCCGCUCGAGGAUCUCACAUCUAAGUAUGGGGUUGAGUCCGAGCUCGGGGCGGGGCCAGCAAAGCUCCAGAUUCCGCUUCUCAUCGAUGACUUGAUCACGUGUCUCAAGACGAGGGACGUAUCGGUGGAGGGUAUCUUUCGCCUCAACGGGAAUAUUAAGCGACUCCGAGAGGCGACAGAGAGCAUCAAUGCGAACCCAAACACGUCGCCAGACUUUUCGGGCGAAUCGGCCAUCCAGUUGGCGGCGCUUUUAAAGAAGUUUUUGCGCGAGAUGCCCGAUCCGUUGAUGACCUUCAACCUUUAUGAACUUUGGAUGGCAGCGUUCCGGCGGUUCACCGACCCGAAGGAGCGACUCCGGGCUAUCCGGUUGAUUUUCUGCUUGUUGCCGCAAUGCAACAGGGACUUGUUGGAAGUUCUCUUGGUAUUUUUCAAGUGGGUGGGCUCGUUUGACGAGAACUCCAAGAUGGAUAUCCACAACUUGGCAACGGUGAUUUCACCCACGAUUCUCUUUGCAAAGCCGAAAGGUGAAAAAAACCUGUCGGGGUACUAUUCGGUCGAGGAAAGUGGGCUGGGGGAUACAUAUUUCUAUGGGAUUGAGAUUGUCAACUUCAUGAUUGAGCUUCACUCCGAGAUCUGCUUUGUUCCGGGAGAAUUGCUUGCAUUGUUCCGGGCUGCUGAGUUUGGCGAGACCGAGCCAACGAAGGAUUUGACGACGAAGGAGAUCUGUGCGAAGAUUGAUGCGGUGGUGAAGGCUCGGCCGGAGGUUUUGGCGGCGGCGGAGGAGGAGGAAGAGAAGGAGGAGACUGGCCCGGAGAAUCAUGAAUUUGCAAGGAGGGUGGAAGUGGAGUGA